CUGAAGGGGGAGCGCCGGAGCUGUGUGUGGACGGACGGUCUGGCGUCGGCGGCGGGAAGGAGGUCGGUGACCGGUUGUCCGCUCCGGCAGCGGCUGCAGAUGCCUUACAUAAACAAGGAUUAGAAGUGUGAGAGAAGCACUCUGUGGGACGUUGGUGAUCAUGGAUCUAACCUCCACCACGCUGGGAAGGCUGGAAACAAUAUGCAUGUUCACGUUCCAAACAGAAGUUGGCCGUUGAUGCCGUGGGAGCAGCAUGCCAGCAUCAUGGGCGAGUUCUACCCUUGUGGCCGGUGUUGUCCUUGCCUCUGUGUGUGGAGCCGAACCAUCAAACUUCCUGCACCUCGACUACUGUGUGAUCGGGGCCGGGCCCGGUGGCCUGCAGAUUGCUUACUUUCUGCAGCAGUCCCACAGACAAUAUCUUGUCUUUGAGCGCAGUGAUGUCUCUGGGAGCUUUUUUGUACGGUACCCCCGCCACCGCAAACUCAUCAGCAUCAACAAGCGUUAUACCGGGAAACAGAACAAAGAGUUUAACCUCCGCCAUGACUGGAACUCACUGCUCGGCCAUGAUGACAACCUGCUGUACAAGCACUAUUCCAAAGAUUUCUUCCCCCACGCUGACACCAUGGUCCUCUACUUGAACGACUUUACUAGAAUAUUUGCGCUGAAGGUUCAGUACAACACAGAGAUAAAGAGGAUCGAAGUUGAAAGGGAUUCCGAGGCUUGGAAUGGGCAUCAUUUCUUUCUGACAGAUCAGAAUCACCAUCAUUACAGGUGCAGCGUCCUGCUGGUGGCAACCGGAGUGUGGGUCCCCAACGUGCCCGAUUUCCCAGGCUCCCAGCACGUGGAGGGCUACGAGAACGUUUCCGUGGAUCCUACCGACUUUGUGGGGCAAUCGGUGCUCAUCCUAGGUCGGGGCAAUGCGGCAUUGGAGACAGCCGACAACAUUGUCGGAGUGACCAACUUCAUCCACGCCGUGAGUCGCUCCCGGUUACGGCUCGCUUGGGCCACGCAUUAUGUGGGAGACAUCCGGGCAGUGAACAAUGGCCUACUGGACACCUAUCAGCUGAAGUCGCUGGAUGGCUUGCUGGAGGGAGACCUGAGCCACAUUGUCAUAAUCCGAGACAAAAAGGGAAAGUUGCACUUACGGCUGAAACAUCACCUUAACAAGAGCAAUGCCUCCCAAGAUAUGUCAAUGACGAUUCAUGACCAGCGCCUCCUGUCUGAAGAAGGAGCGGAUAACUUUGCGGUGCGUCUGCCUUACGACCGUGUCAUCCGCUGCUUGGGGUGGACAUUUGACUUUUCCAUUUUCAGCAAUGUUGCUAUGCCUCAGAGAGGUCGAGGUCGCAUGGAUAAAUACCCACUGGUCAAAGCCACCUAUGAAGCAGUAAACCUUCCAGGGAUGUUCAUUAUCGGGACAGCAAGUCAUUCCGUUGAUUACAGGAAGGCAGCCGGCGGCUUUAUCCAUGGGUUUCGCUACACAGCCCGUGCAGUUCACCGUCUGCUGGAGCAUCGCCACCAUGGUGUCCACUGGCCGGCAACUGUCCUGCCCGUCUCCCAGCUCACCAACAUGAUCACCAAGCGCAUCAACGAGGCCUCCGGCAUUUAUCAGAUGUUCAGCGUCCUUGCUGACGUGGUGUUGCUGCAGAAAAAUGCCACCCAGUUCGAGUACUUGGAAGAAUAUCCGAUCGGAGCGCUCCCGCACCUUUGGCAAAACACCGGGAAAAAGGCAGAAAAUGGACUGUUUGUUAUUAACCUGGAAUACGGGAGCAACUUCUCCAAACCCGAGGCAGAUGUUUUCCACCCUAGCCGUUCCGUGGGGGACCCAAAGCACGCGUGGCUCUCCAACUUCCUCCACCCUGUUGUCUACUUCUACAGACACAUCCCGACAGAGACAGAGAUGACGCAGAGACCGAAGCAGUGGCCACUGCCGCGACCGAGCAGCAUCCACCACGUGGUGGAGGACUUCCUGACCGACUGGACCGCUGCACGAGCUCACAUCCUGCCCCUGCGUCGCUUCCUGGAGACCUGCCUGCACACCGACCUCAGAAACUACUUUGCAGAAUCCUGCUUCAAGUUUGCCUUGACUCAACAGCAUCUGCCGCCUUCCUGUCGCCACGGAUACUUAAACGGGCAAGGGUUGCUGGGCAACGAUAGCUUGUAGCACAGGCUCAAGAAGGCUGCCAUCUUUGUGGUGACCCCUAAUGGGCAGAGGGAGAAGCCGGUGGCUGCAACAUCCACCUCUGCAGCUGCAAGAUGGGGGAGGAGGCACCAUGUGGUCUGAGCACCAGUGCUGCACUACAACCAGAGUGCACACAAACCUUCUCCUUGUUCGCAGGCCGCAACGAUUCCAGGAAGAUUCCACGCUGCUGUUAUAUACAAGGGACUCGCCAAACUUUUAUACGAUGAAACAAAGCCAUAACACUGCAAAUAAGGGAAAUUCAGACAUUAAACAGAAAAUGCUGUAAGUAUACGUCAGGUCAGGCAGCAUCUCCUGAGAGAGGAACAGUUUAAUCAGAACCUUACUGCACCUCUCCAGAGAUCUCCCCGACCGGCUUAGAUUUUGUGCAAUGUAAUAUUUAUAUGUGAAAUUCGAGCCAAAAAUAUCCAUUCAGAGAGCAGGGAGACCGUUUUAUAUUAUUAGAUUUGCUACUUGUUACGGGGCUAGCCUGAAACAUUUUGAAGAAGUUUCUUAUUGCAGAUUUGAUCCCGUUAUAUAUAACAUAGAAACACAGAAAAUAGGUGCAGGAGGAGGACAUUCGGCCCUUCGAGCCAGCACCGCCAUUCAUUGUGAUCAUGGCUGAUCGUCCCCAAUCAAUAACCCGUGCCUGCCUUCUCCCCAUACCCUUGAUUCCACUAGCCCCUAGAGCUCUAUCUAACUCUCUCUUAAAUCCAUCCAGUGAUUUGGCCUCCGCUGCCCUCUGUGGCAGGGAAUUCCACAAAUUCACAACUGAAAACGUUUUUUCUCACCUCAGUAUUAAAUGGCCUCCCCUUUAUUCUAUAACGUUGAGAUUGCAGACUUGACGUUUCUGUACGUCAAAUCCGGCUUUGAAACAUUUUAAAGGCAGGAUGUGAAUGAAGUACAAUAAAUCCAUCAGCGCCUCCCAA